AUGUCCAACCAUCUCCUCACACUCGCAAUCGUCCUCCUACUCGCCGCCACCGGAGGGGCCCACUCAGAACAACAACACCAACACGACACGCCCAUCAGUCGUUUCCAAAACUACCUCCGGAUCAACACGGCCCACCCGAACCCGAACUACACCGCCCCGGUCUCCUUCCUCACCGCCAUAGCCCAAACCCUAAACCUCCAAAUCCAAACCCUCCACUUCAUGCCUUCUAAAUCCAAGCCCCUCCUCCUCCUCACCUGGCCUGGCUCCCGCCCCUCCCUCCCCUCCCUCCUCCUCAACUCCCACCUCGACUCCGUCCCCGCCGAGCCACACAAGUGGGCCCACCCCCCCUUCUCGGCCCACCACACCGCGGACGGCCGCAUAUUUGCCCGUGGGGCCCAGGACGACAAGUGCAUCGCCAUCCAGUACCUCGAGGCCAUCCGAAACCUGAAAGCCGCCGACUUUGUCCCAAUCCGCACCGUCCACCUGUCCUUCGUCCCCGACGAGGAGAUCGGCGGCCUGGACGGCGUCGCCAAGUUCGCGGCUUCCAAGGAGUUUCGGGAUUUGAACGUCGGGUUUAUGCUGGACGAAGGCCAGGCCAACCCUGGCGACGAGUUUAGGGUUUUCUACGCCGAUCGGACUCCGUGGAGUUUGAUCGUCAAGGCGAAGGGCGCUCCCGGGCACGGGUCCAGAUUGUACGACAAUGGAGCGAUGGAGAAUUUGAUGAAGAGCGUUGAGGUUAUGACUCGAUUUCGGGCGGCCCAGUUCGAUGUGGUCAAAGCCGGGAAGGCCGCCAUUUCGGAGGUUAUUUCGGUCAAUCCGGUUUAUUUGAAAUCUGGGAUUGCUUCUGGCGAUGGGUUUGCGAUGAAUAUGCAGCCUUCGGAGGCCGAGGCCGGGUUUGAUAUAAGAAUGCCGCCUACUGUGGACCCCGAGCUUGUUAGGAAGAGGAUUGCUGAGGAGUGGGCACCGGAGGCGAGGAAUUUGACAUACCAGCUAAUUGAGAAAGGACCGAUUAGAGACUAUAGGGGUCGCCCUUUAGCAACACCAACCGAUGAUUCCAAUCCAUGGUGGUCUGUUUUCAAACAAGCUAUCGCAUCGGCUGGAGGCAAACUUGCAAAGCCUGAAAUCUUGGCAUCAACUACCGAUGCACGAUACAUGAGACAGCAGGGCAUUCCUGCUCUUGGUUUCUCCCCAAUGACGAAUACUCCCAUCUUACUUCAUGACCAUAACGAGUUCCUAAAGGAUACUGUAUUCUUGAAGGGCAUAAAAGUAUAUGAAUCUGUAAUCAGUGCUUUGAGUUCCCUAGUGGAAACAUCUGAAUAG